UACAAAUGUCGGGAGGAAACUAAUAUAAAAAAAAGUUCCAGAAGUAUCAACAACUCCAGAGAUAAACAAGCAAGACUUGCCAAGUUUUCCAAUCCAGGAGUACCGUCGUCUUUAAACUACAUAUCUCUCAACGGCUCGCAAGACCAGCCUCUAAACCCGUUUCCAAGCUGGCAGGACGGCUUUGUGAAAGACUCCGCCCCUCAACCCACCACUCCGGCGACUGUUGUCUCCACAUUCAGGGUUCACGUGGACAAAUGUGACAGACUGUGGGUGGUUGAUAAUGGAGUCUCGGAUAUGGCUAAUAGUGCGAAACAAGUGAGUGCGCCGGCGCUCAUAGUAUUCGAGUUGCAAAACAACACGGUGGUCAAUCGGUUCGUCUUGCCCGAUGAUGUGCUGAGAGAUACAUCUGUAUUUACCAGUAUUGUCGUAGAUAUAAUAGGCAAAGGCUGCAAGGAUGCUUAUGCCUAUAUAACCGACAUGGGUUCAAACGCGAUAGUCGUGUACAGUUUAACGGACAACACUGCAUGGAGGAUCGAACACCCCCAUUUCAACUUCGAUCCCAACGCUGGGAUCUAUAAAGUGGGCGGGAUCGAUUUCUAUUGGAAUGACGGUGUGUCUUCCGCUGCUUUGUCUAGACCGAAAAAAGAUGGCUACCGGGAUUUGUACCUGCAUCCGACGUCAAGCACGAAACAGUUCAAGAUGUCCACAAAACUGUUGAGGAAUAAAAACGCAGCCCCUGAAGAUAUUAUAGAAGGAGUUGAAGUCGUCGGCGAUAGGGGUCCAAAAUCACAAGCAACAGCGUGUGACUUCGAUCUGACUACUAAUGUCCUAUUUUUCACACAGGUGAGCAAGAACGGGUUUGGGUGCUGGAAUGUGGAGCGGCCAUUCAUUAAGGAGUUCACUCCCAUCGUCAUGAAGGACUGCAGUCUUAUGGAGUUUCCUAACGACAUCAAGGUGGAUCACGAGGGUAACCUGUGGGUGCUGAGCGACCGUCAGGCCAGGUUCCUCUACGAGGCCAUGGACUUCAACCAGGUCAACUUCCGCGUCCUGACCGCGCCCAUCGCGCAGGUCAUACAAGGCACCCCGUGCGAGAAGAAUAAGAGCAACUUCUGCUUCUUCAAGCGGAUGAAGAUUAAAUAAUACUCUUCUAAAAAUAAUAGUCAAAUCAACUUUUUACUAAACAUCAUAGAAAAACGUGUUAAAAUGUCGGAUUGAAUCAAGAUAACCGGUAAACUAUUUGGUAUUUAUUGUUAUUUAAUAUAUAAACAGGUGAUUAAA